AGCAACCAAUCCAUGAACACAUACUCCAAUUCCAAUAUGAACAGAAAACUGCUGUCUUCGAAUUGAUACAACCAUUUUCUUCGCCACCAGAAUAUCGUUCCAAGCUCAAUUCCACUGUUGAGCAGUUGGUGGUGUUGUGAGAUUAAGGAGAGGUUGUUGCUAUAGUUCCAAAGAAUGUCAUGUUUUACUUCCGCUGCCAUAUUUUCACCUGACUUCAAAACUUCAUCUCUCCAUGGAUGAUUUUUAUGUCAAUUGCAACAGCUGCAGCAUCUCUACAUCAGCAAGUCUACUAUUCAAUAAAUCCCAGCCAAAAAAGAGGCAGAAUUUGCAAUAUGGUUUAAGGAUCAGGGCUUCUUCUGCAGAUGAUGCCGAUGACUGCAAUGAAGAAGAAUGUGCCCCUGAUAAAGAGGUUGGAAAAGUGAGCAUGGAAUGGGUAGCUCGUGAGGAAACUAGAGUGAUUGGUACCUUUCCACCGCGAAAAAAGGGAUGGACCGGAUAUGUAGAGAAGGACACAGCUGGCCAGACCAACAUAUAUUCUGUUGAGCCUGCAGUUUACAUAGCAGAAAGUGCAAUCAGUUCUGGAACUGCAGGUUCAUCGUCGGAGGGAGCGGAGAAUACGGCAGCCAUCAUUGCAGGCAUUGCCCUAAUCUCAGUCGCUGCUGCUUCGUCAGUUCUUCUCCAAGUAGGCAAGAAGCCAGCGGUGGUGCAGACUGUCGAAUACUCGGGCUCGUCUCUCAGCUACUACAUCAACAAGUUUACGCCUCCGGUGGUGCAGCAGACCGUUGAAGUCUCUGCGCCCCCUGUGGCUGAAGAAGCCUCAACACCUGUGCAAACGGAAACCUCCGUUGCAGAGGUCUCUCAGUCUAAGCCUGAGGUUCAGGCCGACGACUCUCUGCCGCCUCCACAAGGUCCUGACGCGUUUUAGGCCGUUGAUCCUGCUAGUUUUGUCCAGGUUUGCUGAGACACGUUGUAUAUUGUAACACUAGACAUCAUAACAUUAUUGUAUAUGUUGCUGAAUUCGCCUGCGGAGUUGCAAAAUGACAGUGGUUUAUAUUAGUUUAAA